AUUUGGUCCCUAGUCCUCAUCACUCAUGUCCCAUGCAGCACCCUCUGUUCUACAUGUUGCUGAUCCUUGAAGCAUCGCCACUCACCAAAGUCCAUACCAAACCAUUGCCAUCCAACCACACAGGAAAAGAACUGGCCCUACCCACAGCUUCGUCGUCGUCCUUCACCCACACCGCACUAGUCACUAGCCAGUGCAGCGCUCGAGAACGAUGACGACGAGCCCCACGCUCGCGCGGAAGGCCAAGCUCAAGACCCACCUCGUCUCCGCCAAGGCCAAGCUCAAGCUCCACGUCACCCCGCGCCGCGUCGUCCUCCUCGCCGCCGCCGCCUGCUCUGUCUUCCUCAUCCUCUCCACCCUCCGCACCCUCCACUCCGCCUCGCGCCGCGCCGCCACCCCCGCCGCAGCCUCCACGCCGGCGGCCGUCGCUGCCGUCCACCACGCUCAGCACGAGCAGGAGCAGCGGCGCCAGGAAGAGUGCGGCGGCAAGGCGGUGCCGGCGUCCGUCGCGGAGGCGCUGGUCCACUACGCCACGUCCGGCGAGACGCCGCGCCAGACGGAGGCCGAGGCCGGCGCCGCCGCGCGCGUGCUGGCGGCGCGCGCGCCGUGCAACCUCCUCGUGUUCGGGCUGGCCCCCGCCAGCGCGCUCUGGGUGGCGCUCAACCACGGCGGCCGCACGCUCUUCCUCGAGGCGGACGCCGGCCGGAUCGCCGCCGCCCGCGCCGCGCACCCUGCCGGCGUAGACGACCUCCAGGCCCACCCCGUCGCCUACCACGACCAACACGCCGCCCAAACCACGGUCUCCGACGACCUCCUGCUCCUCCGCAACUCCUCCGACUGCGCCGGCGCCUCCCCGCCGAAGCCCCUCUCGCCGGACGACGUGGAGCGGUCGGCGUGCCCGCUGGCGCCGCGGGGCCUGCCGGCGGCGUUCUACGAGGCGGAGUGGGACGUGAUCGUGGUGGAGGCGCCGGCGCCCGGUGCUGUGUACACGGCCGGCGUGGCGGCGCGGGCGCGGCGGCCGGGGGCGGGCGAGACGGACGUGCUGGUCCACGGCGUGGACGGCGCGGCGGAGGAGAGCUUCGCGAGGGCGUUCCUGUGCGAAGGGUACAUCAAGGAGGAGGCUGGCAGGCUCCGUCACUUCGCCAUCCCGAGCCACAGGGGCAAGGAAGCCAUGCCAUUUUGCCCUUGAGAGAUGGUCAGAUAUGCUGAUGACGUUAAUUACUGAAGUUAUUGUUUUUGUUUCUGGUGGAACAACUUUUGACACUACGUGAUGUGUGUAUGCGUGACUUCAUAAUGAGAUUUCUGUAAUUUUGUCAAUGUUUAUGUAUAACAUUGGGGAAUGGGAUAUGGAGUGCUAUGAACUCCAGGAUGACAAAAUGAACACUUCA